GGCCUGGAGACGAGACGAGUCAAGUCAUGUGGGCGCUGAUGCCACCUUUCCCCUGUGUAAUCAUUCGGUGACGCCGCCAUCAACGAACUAACUAAAGAACAACGCCCAGUUAGCCAAGAUCGCCAAGAGGGGGCCCUCCCCCCGAUCCCGCGAAGCCAAGAGCUGUUGCGUACAGCAAGUCGGCAUCCCACGCUGUUCGUAGCAAUUGUGCCGACGCAUGAACGACUCUCCACGCAAUGACCGGCUGUCGUCCGAUCAAGCCCCGGCGAGCCGCUUGGUCAUAAAAGAGACGGGUUCCUUUCUGCGCUGCAAUGAAUCACCAUAUAUACUACUCGAGUAACAAUAGCCCUGCCCGUCGCCUAGGAUGAAAGCUUCGCUCUCUGCGUGGUCCGCUUUGACAACGGCCUGGACGCUCGCGUCGGCCGCCGCCGCCGUCACCUGCCCGGGGCAAAACACAAGCCUCGUUGUCGACGUAGCUCCCGAGUUCCCGAGGCCGUACGUGCUUCCAAAGUACAGGGGCCGCGCCAUCAAACUCACGCCGUCACAAAUCAUCCGCUUCUCCAUCACCGCCAACUCGUCUGGCGGGGCCUUCUCCCUCCUACAGCACAACGGCAAAGACUCGGGAUGGACUUCUGCCAGGCCUCAUACCCAUCGCCAGACGCACGAGCACUUUUACUGCGCCCGCGGCCGCGUCCAGCUGUGGGGCAAGAAGAACACGACGGAAGGGAGCCAUGAGGCGAGAGUCGGCACCCUCGGCGACUACGGCAACAUCCCCCCCGGUGCCAUUCACAACUUCCAGCUCACGGACCCGGAUACGCAGCUGACGCACGUCUUUCACCCGGGCGGCUUUGAGCAUCUCUUCGACGUCUACAGCCAAGGCGAGUGGGCGACCGACGGCAUCAGUUCUCCCUUCCUCGCCAUCCCCGCAGACGACGAUCCGUUCGGCCCCCUGACGCCUGAGGUGGACGAGUUGCUGCAGCGCAUGGACCUAUACGCUGCGCCCGAGGAGGAGUACAUCCCGCGGAGAGACUUUGUCAACGGCACAGCCAGCGACGAGGAGGGCCUCAACUGGCACAAUGGUACUAACCAGCUGCCCGCUGACCCCACCGUCCCUUACUUUGUCGCCAAGGACUACGGGCCCAAGUACCUCAACUCGCAGUCGGGCUACAAGAUCAUCCAGCCUCUGGCCACACCGGAUCAAACGCACGGGAACUUUACCAUGGGCACCAUCAUCAUGUCGCCGAAGCGGGCUAACGAAACGGCGUCGCAGGCCAAGCUGCCCCAUCCUUUUGCGUUGCAAAUGGAGGAUGGUCAGCUGGAGAUUUCCGUCCGCGGAUACGGAUCACCGGCCAGGUUGAUUCAAGGCGAUGUGGCGUUUGUGCCGGCCGGUGUGCCCUUUACGUACCACGCGACGGUUCCCUUCACCAAGUUCUUGUACAUGAACGCGGGCGCAAAGGGCCUGGACUUUGAGCUGCUCAAGAACAGUGUGCAGUGGAACUUUACUGCCUACCCUAGCUACUGAGCUCCGUCGUCAGGAUAUACCUCGUACAAAGGAUGUACAUACGAAGUUGGCUAUAGAUAUAUAUAUAUUGUCGCAAAGGGGAGCAU